UCCUGCAGAACAGACUCUCUUCCUCCUGCCGCUGCAGCCUGACUCUGAUAAAAUCGGCAUGUCUGCAAACUGAGAGCCGCACCAUACGAGAGAGAAAUCCUCCUUUCAGAGAGAGGCAACUUGUUUUGAUUUCUUCCACUCCGGCAGAAGGGGGGAGGCUUUAUAACAUCACAACGAGGCUUUCUGUUUUUUGGAGGUGUGAAGACUUGGACGAGGCUCAAGACAAGGUCUGUCCCUGAUAACGUGACCACCGAAGGAAGGGAAUACAGAACUGCUUCAUCAUGAAUUUUGUAAUGAAAGCUGCACUGGGAGGAGGUCCUCCUGAUGUGGGAAAGAUGCUGGGCGGGGAGGAGAAGGAGGAGGACCCGGAUGCAGCCAAGAAAGAAGAGGAGCGACAGGAGGCGCUGAGGCAGCAGGAGGAGGAGAGGAAGGCUAAAUAUGCCAAGAUGGAGGCUGAGAGGGAAACGAUGAGGCAAGGCAUCAGGGAUAAGUAUGGCAUCAAAAAGCGCGAGGUGGCGGAAGCGGAGGCAGCGGCCGCCAUGGAGGAACCGUCAGAGGGCAGCUUGACUCGACCCAAGAAGGCGGUGCCGGCCGGCUGCGGUGACGAGGAGGAGGAGGAGGAGAGCAUCAUGGACACGGUGAUGAAGUACCUGCCCGGCCCGCUGCAGGACAUGCUGAAGAAGUAGGCUGGCUGGCUAGCUGGCUGAUGCUAACAUUAUCUAUCUUAGCUAACAUAGACUGCAUUCACAACGUUGGCUUAAGUCAGGCGGUUUUUCCCAUCCGUUUGACAGACGUGGACUUGUGUUUUGCUUUUUGAGGCAUGUAAAAUAAAGAGAAAUCCGGUCCGUUCUGUCAAACAGGUGGGGAAACGACUCCGACGUGAGCUAGCAGUGUGAAUCGCAGCCAUAAGUUAAGCGAGGCAAACCCAACGGCCAGGUGAAUGUUAGCUUGGCUAAUGUUAAUGUUAGCGAGGUUAUGCUAAGGAAGCUAACUAGCGAGCAGAGGGGCUAGACGGUUUGACCCUCCGGACCGAGAGGUUUUAGAUCAACUCCUUUUUUUUCUCUCCUCUGUGCGACGGCUGCGAAAAAUUUCCCGCAGCGCUGAAAAAACAAAAAAAACAAAAAAACAAUCUCCUCGUCCACUACGCUUUUCACUCAAUUUAUUUGUAAAUAAAUCAACAAAUAAACACAUAAAUAGAAAGCCCCGAGUCGGGCAAUCAAUCAUGUAAUAAUCAGUAAUAACGAAAUAAUCAUACUAACUGUGUGUCUGUCUCUAAAAUAGGAAAUAUGUGAUAUCUCGAUAAGCCAUAUUUUAAAAAGGAAAUCUGAAGACUUAUUGUGUGCUAUUAAAGCUACUGUUCUGUUCAUCCACGUCUGAAAUUCAUGUCAAAACUUUUUGCACAUGGUGUUGCACAUCAUCUUUGUCCGACCUCAUGUGAACCCCCCCAAGAAACAUCCCCACCCGUUCGCCACGAAAACCCUGAAACAUUCACGUGACGUAGUUGUUAGUAAAAUUUUCUAUUUCCCCGUUCAGUGUGUCCGACCUCCUCCUUUCGUCUUGCAUGCCAUUUGUCUGGUCAGAUUUGUUGUGUGAAUAUGUACGACCCCCCCCUCCUCCUCCUCUAUCCUCUUUUUCUCCUCUUCUAUAUCACGCAAAAAUAUUAAGGCAAUAACUCUUAAUUUUGAAUGUGGUUUCAUUAUCAUGUUGAUAUAAUAGCAGUUAAUAAAAAUAAUGACUAUGUAUGCAUUCAGGUAUUUUAAUUUUCAUAUUUGCAGGGGUUUCUUUUUUUUGUUCGUUUGUUUGUUUGUUUUUGUUUGUUUGUUGUGAUUUUCUUUCUUUCGAUGAAGAAUGACUGAGUAGCAGUCCAGUUACAACUCUUAGCUUUCAGCCAUAAAACCGGAAUUCAACAAUAUUACUGUCACCAUCAGGAUCUAUAGAAUAAUAAAUAAAUAAUAAUAAAAAAAAGAAAUAUGUAAUCAUUUAUAAGCUAUUAUGGAAGCAGUAUUGACUUUAAAGAGGACAAGAGGUCUAGAUUUUGCAUCAUUUGUUGUGUGUGAGAGAGAACAAUAACCCCCCACCUCUUAAGUGAAUACUGCAGUUUGGCUACCGAUCAACGAUUUCCUUACGGAGCAAAGAGAGGAUGUGAAGCGACGCCUGAUGCAGUUUUAAUCAUCGCCGGUUUUAGACGUGAGAAUGAGCCGCUGGUGAAGUGGCACCGGAAUGCCAUGAUGAGCAAUAAAGGAUUAUCAUGUAUGUUUCUGCCUGAGAUUCAAUAAAAACUUUAAAACUUGUUCACA